AUGGCGAGCAGGAGACAACCUCUCGCCAAUGUGCCAAACGCCAUCAAUUCGCCUUUUCAUACCCUCGCUACAGCCGGCAGCAACAAGCGCACGCGAGCACAAGCUGGCGACCAGCGCGAAGCACAUGGACAGCCACCGAACAAGAAGCAAGUCGUCGAGUCAUACGAUGAAGGGGAUGAGAAUACAGACCCGCGGAGGAGAAGUGGUGUCGCCCCCUUUGGAAAACGUCUUGCCCGGUCACAACCCACAGCCUUCGAGAAGAAGCUUGCGGCCGUCCGUGAGAAGAAACUAACGUCAGCGGAGCGUGCACACAAGCAGGACAAUCUGGAAUCCAUCCGACAAUGGCAGAGACACUACAAGCGCCAGUUCCCCAGCUUUGUCUUCUACUUCGACAGCGUGUCCGACGAUGUUCGCCAGAAGUCCAUGCGCAACAUCUCAUAUCUGGGAGCACGAGAGGAGAAGUUCUUCUCCAAGGCCGUCACUCACGUUAUCACAACGCGUACUAUACCAGCCGAAAGCGCCCAUACGAGUCCAGACGAUGAAGUCAAACUCGAGACGACACAAUCCAGGACUUCGCAAUCAACAUCACUCACGCAAGAUCAACGCCGCACUACGAGUGUGCUGGAUACCUUUGUCCAACGACGAGCACGGUCCCUCGGGAUCAAGAUUUGGGCACUCGAAAAGUUGCAUCGGGUCGUCAGCACGAUCCUUGACCUCGACCCUUCCGAGAAACACCAUGAGACACGCUAUCAGCCCGCUGCUAAGCAAGCACCAGAUGCCAACCUCGAGCAGCUUCUUCGCCACGAAAAGGUCAAUGGUCCUGCGGAUCGUGAUAUGAAUGUCACCACCCAAGACAUGGUUACACUCCGUGGCAUCUACGUAUAUAUUCACGACAUGGACGAAAAGACCAAGCCAGUCAUGGUGCGAGACUACCCGAAGGCGACCGCGAAGGACGUGACUGGCAAAUGGCCGCAGUUGCGGCUUUCAGCGCCUGGUCGAUGCCCCUUCGUGGAAGACAUUCCUUACACCAAGAAGAUGCAGCAACAGGAACGUGACCGCGAAGCUGCUGACCUUGCAUCGCGAAAGACCAGAGCUGGGACCAGUAUUGCUCCAUCGCAGCAAUUACCUGAGCACGAAGGCAACCUUCGACGGUCGCCGCGCAAGAUCGCUCAGCCCACACGCACGGGACAGUCCAAUGCGACACAACCACCUCGCCCAGCACCCUCUAUGCGGCAAUCAUCCGCUGACCUCAUGCCACCACUCUUCGGUAGUACCCAAGCCAAUCUUCGCGGUCUUCCACGCAUGGUUGGCGGAGAGCCGGUCGCAUCUGGAAUGCAGCACUCCAACGUGACAUCGGCCAUUCGAUCACAAGCCAUCUCUUCGGCUGCCAUAUCGUCCACGGCUCCGGGUCUGAAUCGUCGUGUGGGUGACACCAAGGAAGUGUCUCUGCUCAAGCGAAAAGUGUUUGCAUCGAAUCCAUCCUCGUAUGUGAACGAUGUUCGUGCUGCCAUCAACGACGACCAAGCACCACCACCACGCGCAGCGAAGAGACGGGCGCAGGAGACUCUGGGCGUCGUCCACGAGGAUGACGAUGCUGACGAUCAUCGACCAAAGGCAAAGAGCGCCGCGCCGAAGAGAAGGAAGACGGUGGAGAGGGAGGCGAAGCCUGGUUAUUGCGAGAAUUGUCGCGACAAGUACGAGGACUUUGAUGAUCACGUACUUACACGCAAACACCGCAAAUUCGCCCUGUCGGACGAGAACUGGAAGGACCUUGAUGCCCUUCUCGGACAGCUAAAGCGUCCUCACAAGAAGAUCCGCUGA